AUGUCGAACCGACGAAGCAUCCUUGUUAUUGGUGCCAACGGGUAUAUUGGCCUCGCAGUGUGCCGUGCCUUCGUCCGCGCUGGAUGGCGUGUCUACGGUCUGGUACGCAAGCCAGAAUCAGCCCAGUCACUUGCAGCAGAGGAGGUCACCCCUAUCGUCGGAUCUGCGUCGGACCUUUCAUUCCUGGAUCAGCUUUUCGCCCAAAUCAAGACUUUUGACGUCUUUGCCAGCUGUAUUGAGCCGCCAGACUACGCGGCUUACUACAACAACGCCAUUGUCAUGAUCCGGAAGAUAGCCGAGACCAGCAACAAAAAUGGCGUGCGCCCCUUAGUGCUGUGGAGUUCGGGCUGCAAAGACUACGGGUACACAACGAUUGAUGGAGCCCCUGAUCUCGCUCCUCAUACUGAGGAAUCGCCCAUCAAUUUUGCCGCCCUAUUCUUGGCCCAGCGAGCCACGUAUUCGUUGAAGAUGUUCGAGCACACCGACCUCUUCGAUGCGGCUGUUUUGCGGCCGACCAACGUAUAUGGCUACAGCAGUAGCUACUACGGCAUCAUGUUCGAGUACGCGGCUGCCGCUGCUGCUAGCGAUACUGUGACGUUGAAACUCGACGUCCACCCAAAGACCAUUCUGCACGCUAUGCACGUUGACGACUGCGGAGAAGCAUACGUAGCGCUCGCGGAUCACAGCAACCGAAAAUCCGUUGGCGGGCAAUGCUUUAACAUCUCAGCGCACAAGUACGAGACAGCCAAGGUCGUGGCGGGAGCCCUGGCGGAGGAGUACGGGAUCAGCGGCGGUGCCGAGUUCGUUGAACCAACACCCCAGGAUGCUGCUGGCAUGUCGGUGGCAAACAAGUCACUGUUUGGGUACAGUCAGUGGGUGAGCAGCGAGAAGAUUAGAAAUUUGACGGGGUGGACGGAUCGCAGGAUGCUAUUCACGGAAAACCUGCAUGCGUAUCGCAUCGCGUACGAGGCGGCUCUGCAGGCUGGGCACGAAGAUACGGUGAGAAUUAAGGCGAGAUGGGAGGUGUGGGAAACCCAAUUCAAGGACUUGAUUGGGAAGUAG